AGUGAGAUAGUAAAUCUGCAGUGCAUUGAGAAGCAAACAGAAGCAGCGAUGCUUUGCCAGGAAAACACUAUUCACUAUUGUAACUGGACAUUUUUGGUUGGUGGAGUGCUUUACUUCCUGCGGCAAAUGACAACACACACGCCAUAUGGACGUUAUGUGGACACAAAAUCCCCCGGGAUAAUGGUCCCAGCCAAGACAGCAUGGUUCAUUCAGGAACUUCCUUCAUUCCUAAUUCCUGUCCUGCUGUUUUUGACAACAGAAAGUUUGCCGGGGAUAGGAAGACAUUUACUGUUCUGGAUCUUUUGCUUCCACUACUUUCAGAGGACUUUUGUGUAUUCCUUGCUGACUAAAGGCAGGCCGUCUCCUCUGCACAUUGUGGUGUAUGCGGUGAUCUUCUGCUCUGUGAAUGGUUUUCUGCAGGGUCACCAGGUGCUCCACUGCGCUCACUACCACAGCGACUGGCACAGAGACACGCGCUUCAUUACUGGUUUGUUGAUGUUUUUCACUGGAAUGGCCAUCAACAUCCACAGCGACUAUAUUUUACGAAACCUGAGGAAACCAGGAGAUGUCAGCUAUAAAAUCCCUAGAGGAGGGAUGUUUGAGCUGGUCUCUGGUGCUAACUUCUUUGGCGAGAUCGUUGAAUGGUGUGGAUACGCUGUGGCCAGCUGGUCCUUUCCUGCUUUCUCCUUUGCUAUAUUCACUAUCUGCUCCAUUGGGCCUCGAGCCUACCACCAUCACAGGUAUUACUUGGAGAAAUUUAAAGAUUACCCUAAAUCAAGAAAGGCUGUGAUCCCUUUCCUGCUAUAACAAAGUUAGACAUUUUCAAGAGGAAAAACUAGCGCGAAUUAAGAUACCGCAAGUGCUGAUGUUCUUACUUUAAGUCUCACACCCAAGGGGAACAUUCCUGUUAUUUUGUAUUUAUUAUUUUUAAAUACACCAUUAAAAUCCUAUGUUUACAUCUGUA